UGAAGCAUGGCAUCAAUGACUCUGAUAAGGGCAAGUGUACAACCAAUCUGCUUGACAACUGACAAGAGGCUGGAGUUUGAAGCAGACUGCAAAAAGAACACAAGAAAGUGAUCUGCAAAGGGCAUUCCAGUUGUUUGCCUUCCAUCUCCUUUCCUCUCUCUGUAAUGAAAUAAGAUUUUUAAUCAGCUAAACUAGUUCUCUUGCCUCUCCAUCAAAAAGUAAAUAUAGAAGAAAUGCAUUAUUUUGGAGUAUUAGCUGCACUGUCUGUUUUCAACAUCAUUGCCUGUUUGACAAGAGGCAAGCCUUUGGAAGAUUGGGACAAGUUAUCAGCUAUGGGAAAGUCUGAUGCACACUUUCAUGAUCCUGAGGAAGUGGAAGAUGAGACUCAUUUCGACUUUAAAUCUUUCCUAGAGAAUAUGAAGACAGAUUUACUAAGGAGUCUGAAUUUGUCAAGAGUCCCCUCACAAGUGAAGACCAAAGAAGAACCACCACAGUUCAUGAUUGAUUUAUACAACAGAUAUGCUGCAGACAAGUCCUCCAUCCCUGCAUCCAAUAUUGUAAGGAGCUUCAGUACUGAAGAUGUUGUUUCUUUAGCUUCAUCAGAAGAAAAUCCAUUUCAGAAACACAUCUUGCUCUUCAACAUCUCAAUUCCACGAUAUGAGGAAAUCACCAGAGCUGAACUGAGAAUUUAUAUAUCCUGUCACAGGGAAGUUGGGUCUCUCUCUAGGCUGGAAGGCAAUAUGGUCAUUUAUGAUGUUUUAGAUGAUGACCACUGGGAAAACCCAGAAAGUACCAAAUCUUUCCUUGUCUCCCGCAAUAUCCGGGAGUGUGGUUGGGAGAUGUUUGAAGUGUCCAGCGCUGUGAAAAGAUGGGUCAGGGCAGACAAACUGAAGACUAAAAACAAGCUAGAGGUUGUUAUAGAGAGUAAGGCUCUGGGUGGUUUCACUUGUGGGAAGCUGGACAUCAGUGUUACCCCUGACACUAAAAAUCUGCCCCUGUUAAUAGUGUUCUCCAAUGACCGCAGCAAUGGGACAAAAGAGACUAAAGUGGAGCUCCGGGAGAUGAUUGUUCAUGAACAAGAAAGUGUGCUAAAGAAAUUAGGAAAGAACAACACUUCAUCUGAAGAGGAAGAACAGGGAGAAGAAAAGGCCAUUGCUGGUCCCCACCAGCAUUCCUCCAGAAGCAAGAGAAGCAUUGGAGCCAACCACUGCCGGAGAACUUCCCUCCAUGUGAACUUUGAAGAGAUUGGCUGGGAUUCCUGGAUCAUUGCACCGAAAGAUUAUGAGGCUUUUGAGUGUAAAGGAGGUUGCUUCUUCCCUCUGACAGAUAAUGUUACCCCAACAAAACAUGCUAUUGUCCAAACUCUGGUGCAUCUCCAAAACCCAAAGAAAGCUUCCAAGGCCUGUUGUGUUCCAACCAAAUUGGAUUCAAUCUCCAUUCUUUAUAAGGAUGAUGCUGGUGUGCCCACUUUGAUAUAUAACUAUGAAGGGAUGAAAGUGGCAGAAUGUGGCUGCAGGUAGUAUACAAGGCAGAAUCUCUAAGAAUAAGAAUACCCUCUUUUUCUGCUCUGUGUAAAUCUGUUCACUAGUGAUGCAAAUGAAAAUCCUUGCUAACAAGGUCUGGAGCAGGGUAUGGGGCUGGUUUUUAUUGUUGCUGCUUGUUUUAAAGGAAAACUGGCAUUUAAAGAACAGCAAUCAUUGUAAAUAGCCUGCAUUAUAUAUCACGGCAAAGUGAAUACUGGAUUAAAAUUUUGUGAGAUUG